AUGCAGUUGGAAAGAGUUGAGCUCUGCUUUCCACAACUCCUCAACUCCUCCUGCAGGAAGCCAGAGCCUCCUAACUCUGACUUUGUGCUUUUUUACAGUCUACUGUCCUCCAUCUCUCUGCUUGGAGCAGCUCUCAACCUGCUGGUCGUCUUCUCCAUCACACACUUCAGGAAGCUCCACACCCCCACCAACAUCCUCCUUCUCUCUCUGGCUGUCUCAGAUUUCCUUGUGGGCUUUGUGGUGAUGCCAGUUGAAAUCCUCCUGACAGAGACCUGCUGGAUCCUGGGCGAUCUCAUGUGUGCACUGUAUUAUCUGUUACCCAUCAUUACAGUCACUGCCUCCGUAGGAAACAUGGUUCUCAUAUCUAUUGACCGCUAUGUGGCUAUUUGUGACCCUCUGCAUUACUCCACCAGAGUCACUCAGAGCGUUGUUACGAUCUGUGUUUUCCUCUGUUGGAUUUGUUCUGUUUUUUACAGCAUUAUUCUUUUAUAUGAUAACCUGAAGCAACCAGGCAGGUAUAAUUCAUGCUAUGGAGAAUGUGUGGUCAACAUUACAGGAGCUGUUGAUCUCGCUGUUGGUUUUAUCAUACCCAUUACUAUCAUCAUAGUUCUAUAUAUGAGAGUAUUUGUGGUGGCUGUGUCUCAGGCUCGAGCCAUGAGGUCUCACAAUGCAGCUGUAUCUCACAAGCAUUUAAAGAUUGUGCAAGUUAAGAAAUCAGAGAUAAAAGCAGCCAGGACACUUGGUGUUCUUGUGGUUGUGUUUCUGAUGUGUUACUCUCCAUAUUACUGCGUCUCUCUCACAGGCCACGAUAUCUUGAUCGGUUCUUCAACUGAGGUCUUUAUGAUUUUUCUGAUGUAUUUUAACUCCUGUCUAAAUCCUGUCAUCUAUGCCCUUUUCUACCCAUGGUUUAGAAAAACUAUUAGACUUGUUGUCACAUGUCAGAUACUGCAGUCUAACUCCCACUUGGCUGUGAUACUGUAAAGAGACACUGUGGAAUGAGUGAAAACAUCACUGUUGUUAUACUGUGUGUACAUUUUAAUGCAUACAUGUAAUUACAUGAAUGUAUAUUAUAGACUAAAGGUUUUAUGCUGUAACUCAUUUCCUGAGAAAGUGUAUGAGCAACACAGAGAGCAUAAUCCUUCAAAAGAUUAGAGUUAGGUUUGAAGAUAAUUUUUUCCUUCCAAUGUUUUAAAAUGAUUCUUAAAUAAAAUCCAUCGUACUUGGUUGAUGAUCAGAGGAAUCUUGCC